AACUUUGGACUCCAGAAGAAGAGCUGAGAGAUACAGUGGAGACUCUUCAGGACGGGAGACUAAGUUAAUUGGAUUUUGGCUGGCUCUCUGUCGUUUUGGGCUCUUCUUUGAUUUUACACCAAAGCAGGGAAGUUAUGGAGCACUACCACGAUCAGGGCUGUGAUGGCACUGAGCUGCUCGACUGGCUGUUUGAUCAAAAUGAAGGAAUCCUCCGUCAUGUGGAAACCGGACACCAUAGCAACCAUCACUCUUGGCCAAUCCAGGACCCCAAUCAGAUACUGCAGGCGGACCAACAGGGAGAUGAUUACUUUCUAAAUGCCCUCCUGAGUGGAAGUGAGUCUGUGUCAGCCUCGCCACUCUGGUCCCCGUCUCCUAGUGACAGUGGGAUCAGUGAGGACCCUCCUUCAGACCAGAUGGACAGUCCUGGGCGUCCUGAAAGCCCGCCUGGGUACAAUCAGUCCUUUGGCAUCAAACCCCCAACCAAGGCAGCUCUGGAAGCCAAUGUCUCCCUUGACCUCAACGGCUGGGACCUCGGCUUCGCAACAGGAAAGACGAGGAUUACACAAUAUCCUUCUGAUGUACACAGACCACAGCUGUCCUCCGGCUUCCCGCUAACUGUCAAAGAUCUGCUGCUAUCUGGCACACCGGAGCCACAACCCCCACAGCCUUCCCAGAAGUCAAUUCAAGAGUUGGUUCUCAAUGAAGACGAGAAGAAGCUUUUAGCGAAGGAGGGGGUCACUCUUCCCAGCCAGCUACCUCUCACAAAGUAUGAAGAACGGAUUCUGAAGAAAAUACGCAGAAAGAUUCGCAACAAGCAGUCGGCCCAGGAGAGCAGGAAGAAGAAGAAGGAAUACAUCGAUGGUCUGGAGAACAGGAUGACUGCUUGCAGUGCACACAACCAGGAACUGCAGAGAAAAGUGUCGCAGCUGGAGAAAUGCAACAUGUCUCUAAUGGAACAACUGCGCAGGCUGCAGGCUCUGGUCAUGAAUUCAUCCAACAAGCCGGCCCAGACUGGCACAUGUGUACUGGUGCUUCUGCUGUCCUUCUCCCUAAUCCUGUUGCCCAGCCUCAAGCCAUUCUCUGACACCAAGGUCAGCCAAGGAGACUUCAGUCCAGUCAGAAUCCAGUCACGGUCCCUGCAGAACAUUCAGGCUUCCCGUGUGCUGCACGUCGCUGACUCCCCGUUCUCCACCGAGGAUGAAUCGGAGCCUCUGCACCGGCAUUUCUCAGGAGACCGAGGAUUGGAAGAUAUCACCGCACUGAUGGGAAAGGUGGGAGUGAACCAAGAACAGUCCACCGUGGAGUCCAUGUCUCUAAACAGCAGUCAGGAAGACAGAAUGGAUCAUUUCCAUGUAGAUCCAAUUACCGGUCACAUAGAUACUGUGACCCUGAAUCCCCACCGCUCUGCCCACCUACAACCAAAUGCUGAUGGCAUGUAAGGGAAAUAAAUAAAGUAGCCUAUAUAAACUUCCCAAAUUGUCUUCCUUCUAAUGGUAGAGCUGGGAAAUAUCAGGGAAUUUUGUUUACACAAACAGGGAAAUUAAGUUUUAAUCAUUCCUGUUUUACCUUUAAUGCAUGUUUAGUCUGUAUGUGUUUUCCUUAUUUGUGAUGCUAUUUUAUAUCAAUAUAUCCAUUUGAAUCUUACAGUUGCCUGUUAUCAUGGACUGUAUGUGCUUUGCCUUCUGGCUUUGAUAAAUUGCCAGAGUAAAUUUGUAUUAGAGACAGUCGAAAACUGGCUAAAUGCAGCUGCGAUGGUAUGUACAGUUUUGAUCUAAAUGGAUAAUUUCUGAAAUGUUAAAGGAAUUUGAAAGCAUGUUUUCUCUGAAGAGGGUAAAUUUGUUCAUGGAUGAAAGUGCCUCCAAAUAAAAAGAUGUCAACACAAGA